AUCCAAUAUACCUACCUAGGUGAAGAGAAACUCCUACGAAAUACAUCACAUGAUACCUAUUUCCUUGCUAUCAAUUAUAGGUAAUCAUUCUAGAUUGUGAGAAACCCAUAUGCUUGUAUACAUAUAACCAUCGAAACAUUAUAUACAUUCAUCCUUGCCACGGCGCGUUUCGUUUGCGGUUAUAGCGGAGUAUAUUAGAACGGACUAGUAACGAAUACAUCGGCGAACAGCUACGUAUUAAAAGCCGAGGAGAAGGACGGGCAAUCAAGGGGAAAUAAAAAGAACAGAGCAAGAAGGGGAAAGAAGGGAAGACACAAUAAUUCAAAAUAAGAGAAUAGAGAGAGACGGGAAGAGAGAGAAAAUCGAGCGUCGCAAGCACCAAUAUCAGCCAUAACGACCACAACCAACGAUAACAAUAUGUCGGCUUCGACAUCAACAUCUCGAAGCCGAAGUCCGCAAACAGCGUCUAGUACGCGUACCUCAUCCUCAUCCGAUCACACAACUGUAACGAUACAUAGUUGCCCCUGCGAAAAAUGCUGCAACAACUCUUCUAACAUGGGCGACACUGCCGCGACGCGCUUCGAUGCCCCCUUAAUAGCUGUACCGCGGCUUUUCAACGCCAUCCUAGGUCUCGCCACCGUCAUCCGUGUCCACACAACUAUCGACGCCGGCUGGUGGCCCUGGGAACACAAGGUCCUAUUCUCCCUGUGUUGGCUUUCCCUAUUCUGGAACCUAGCACACGGACUGUCUAGUAUACUUGGCUAUACCUACUGGCCAUCGCCGCGUCGCACCGUUGGGUUGCCACCCGUAACCCUUGCGGUGAAUGGACGAACUAUCGUCUCAUUCGGCGGCCCUGACGAGGAUGACGGUGCGAGAAGGAGGCGCACCAAGCGCAUACAAUUUACCAUCAUCGAUAUGCUCCUUGCUAUUCCCACCUUGGGUUUCCUCGUCUACUCUGCGCACAUCAUGUAUCCUUGGUGGGGUUCUAGAUACGUUGGCUUGUGGCCACCCACCAUAGGCCUCAUUGCUUCUCUCGUGUCUUUUCAAUUUCUUACAGCUUUCUUCCAGCUAUUCCAGUUUUUUGAGGCUAAGGUUAUUGGUGUCCAACUUACGAUGCAAGAUAUCUACGAGAAGGACGAUUCCGUUGGCCGUUUGCAAUUAUAGGACGACCGAACAACUGAAUGAGAACGAUAUUGUCAUUUAUUCUUCAUUAGGAGGGCGAGGGUAAAGCGAGGUGAAAUCAAGCGAAGCCAAUCGUAGCACGGUCUUUUUUUGUAAUAAACAUUUGGGACGGCGCGAGGUGUUUUGAAAGAUACCAUGAAAAUAAGGGCAACGAUGCGCAUAUACUACCUAGGUAGGUAAAUACCUAUAUCAUAGUUGGCCAGGAUAAACGUGAUAUAUCAAUACGA